CGCCGGCUGCCUCGACUCACGCGCCCCUUUGCGCUUUUUUCGCACCCGGACCGCACGCCUUGGGUGGGUUUGCCGCUCGGCUCUCCAGCGCCAGGGUCAAAAAAUGAGACGGACAAGCCAGCGCAUUCUCCGUUCUUAAGGCUUUUUGACGCGCAGCAGCAACAGCUGGAACAGCAGCAUCGCCGGCUCGGGAAAUGCCGUUGCCACCAGCAGCCUUAACGAUUUAAAUGUCAUCCGCGGGCAGAUCUCUCUCUCCCUCUCUCUUUCUCUGCUUCGGCGCCGUUGCUGUCAUGCACCGAUCCUAAGAUUAAGAAACUCGGGUUCUCUCAGGCUGGUAUCCAAGGCCGUCCUCCACUGCUACGUCUGUCUCUGGGCUAAGGCUGAAGACAGACAGAUAGACAGACAGUCGUAUUAAGUCUGGCGAUCCUGUCUGCUAGGCUGGGGCGGGCGCGCACCACCCAGCCAAGCCACCCGAAACAUAUGUUGCAGCAGGUUCCUUCAAGGCAAGGCAGCCAGGGGCUGCUUCCAGCCAGUUAAGGUCUCCCAUCUUCAAGGAAAGAAGGGAGCGAAAAAAUAAUAAUAUUAAUAUUAAUAAUAAUAUUAAUAAAGUGGCUGCUGAAAAGAACCAGCAAGUUAAACAUCCGCAGAAGAAGUGGAGAAGGAGGGGGAAAAGGACACUGGCUGAGAACUGAGGGAGCAGCUACACCAGCCCAAGGAAACAGGUGGAAAGGCAGAGACAAGCUCCUGAGAAGUUGUGUUUGAAGGAGAGAUUUCCCAUUCUCUUUCUUUUUCCACUGCUUGGUUUUUUGGGGGUGGGGGUGGGGAGGGGAGAGGGGGGGAGAAGAAGCUAGCCAGCCCGAGUGUAAAACCUAUCUUCAUCCUCUUCCUUGCUUGCUGCUGUUGUGACAGAGACGCAUUGACAAAGCAGAAGGAGAAAAAAUGCCAGCCAUCCUGGUAGCCUCCAAAAUGAAAUCCGGACUACCUAAACCUGUCCAUAGUGCUAGUCCCAUUGUUCACAUCCCAGCUGCCAGAACCGUCCCACAGCCCUGUUACCUGAAGUUUGGGAACAAGGUGGAGGUGAACAAGUCAUCCUAUGCCAGCCAGAUCCCCUUCAAAUCCCAGAAUGGUCACGAGAACGCAGGCGAUGGCUUCCUUCGGAAGAAGAGUAGCUCCAUUGAGAAUGGCUUUGACACACAGAUUUAUACAGAUUGGGCCAAUCAUUAUCUAGCAAAAUCUGGCCAUAAACGUUUGAUAAAAGAUCUGCAGCAAGAUGUGACCGAUGGAGUUUUACUGGCUGAAAUCAUCCAGGUUGUAGCAAAUGAGAAGAUUGAAGACAUCAAUGGCUGUCCAAAGAACAGAUCUCAAAUGAUUGAAAACAUAGACGUGUGCCUGAGUUUUCUGGCUGCCAAAGGAAUAAACAUACAGGGACUAUCUGCAGAAGAGAUCAGAAAUGGGAAUUUAAAGGCCAUCUUGGGCCUUUUCUUUAGCCUAUCACGUUAUAAGCAGCAGCAACAGCAGUCCCCAAAGCAACAUUCAGAGCACACUCCAUCCCAGCAACAACCCACCUCAUCCCAGCAAGCAAGCUCACCGUCCCCCAGCCAGGUGGGACUACCUGACCAGCAGUUACAACCACUGGUGCCAGCUUCGCCUCAGAUUCAGUGCCAACAUCCUCAGCAAACAGCACAGCUUCAGUUAAAAGCACAACCAGAAAUGCAGUCCAGUGCAUCACCCAGGGACUCAUCUCAAAGCAAAAUCAUCCGAUUCACUCUCGGUCAAAAAAAGAAUUCUAGGCUUCCGGGUCCCACCACGAGGGUUUCAGCUGCAGGCAGCGAAAUAAAAACCCGUGGCCCAGCAAGUGCUAACAAUCGGCGUAGCCAGAGCUUUAACAACUAUGACAAAUCCAAGCCCACAAGCCCACCUUCCCUUCUAGCAAGUAGCAGUGAGAAAGAACCAGCAGACAGUUUAGAUUCCCAACCCACAGGAAUGAAUGAAAAUGCAACCUCUUUGGUUCAAAGCAGCAGUAGCAACAAUGCUGCCAGUUGCAAUAAUUCUUCAGCCAUCCCCCAGCCCAAUUCUGCAGUUAAACCCUGGCGCAGCAAAUCAUUAAGUGCUAAGCACACCACCACAACAUCCACAUUAACUGUAAAACAGCAGGUUCAGGAACCUCCCAAACCCAUCCCAGAGAUGGUCAAAACUACUCCCAACGGUCAGAAAUCAAUGCUGGAGAAGUUGAAACUCUUCAAUACAAAAGGGGGUUCCAAAGCGGUAGGGUCGUCUCUUGAAUGUCCGGGGUAUCGGGACACUAGUUGUGAAAGAUUAGAGGGCCUCUCAAACUUUGAAGAAAGUGAGGAGAUGGAGGCUGCAAAUCGGAACUUAAACACCCCAGGACCCACAUCGAAUAGUCCCAAAAUUGCACUUAAGGGAAUUGCACAACGGACAUUUAGUCGGGCUCUGACCAAUAAAAAGAGUUCCCCAAAGGGCAAUGAAAAAGAAAAAGAGAAACAGAAGGAAAAAGAAAAGGAGAAGGAGAAGGAAAAAGAAAAGGAAAAGGAGAAAGAGAAAGAAAAAGAAAAAAACAAAGAUGUGGCCAAGAGAACUUCCGUGAUAGAAAAAGCUGAUAUAAAAGAAGAGCUGAAGGAAGAACAGGUCCCUCCUGCUGCAAACGAAAUGCCAAAAAAAUCCUCCAAGAUUGCAAGCUUUAUCCCAAAAGGAGGAAAGCUCAACAGUGCCAAGAAAGAAGCAGCUGCCCCUUCACAUAGUGGAAUACCAAAACCAGGGAUGAAAAACACCACAGGGAAAUCCUCAAGUGCCCCAAGUUCUUCUGCAAAGGAAGGUGAGAGAAGCCGAAGCGCAAAGCCGGCAUCCAGCCUCUCUCAUCCAAAAGCACAGCUAGAUUGCAAGAAUUCAAGUUCCACAUCAAGUUUAGCCUCCACUGAUGGGAGAGGAAUGGGAGGGUGGUCAGCUUUAAGUUCCAGCAGCAGCAGCCAUGCUGUCAAUGGGCCAACUAAUAGUACCACCCAGACAACAGGAAGCAAUACUGUGAGUGUUCAGCUACCUCAUCCGCAACAGCAAUACAGCCAUCCAAAUACCGCCACAGUAGCUCCAUUCAUGUACAGAUCCCAGACAGACAAUGAGGGAAACAUAACAGCAGAAUCCAGUACUGGAGGAGGAAGCACAAACAUGGAAUCUGCUCCCUGCACAAAAACUGGACAACCUAUUUUAGAAGAUCUUUCUGCGGAAGAUCCAGAAACACGCAGGUUACGAACUGUCAAGAAUAUAGCUGAUCUUCGGCAAAACUUAGAAGAGACCAUGUCUAGUUUACGAGGAACUCAGGUGUCCCAUAGCACCUUGGAGACCACCUUCGAUACCAAUGUCACCACUGAAAUAAGUGGACGCAGCAUCCUCAGUUUGACUGGUAGGCCAACACCCUUAUCUUGGAGACUUGGGCAGUCCAGUCCCCGCCUCCAGGCAGGUGAUGCUCCAUCAGUGGGUAACGGGUAUCCUCCAAGAGCCAACGCCAGCCGAUUCAUCAAUGCAGAACCAGGACGUUACAUGUAUUCAGCACCAUUGAGAAGACAGCCACCAUCUCGAGACAAUAAUGUUUGCCACGUGGAUAUCACUGACAAAGGAGGUGAUGAAGUAGAUCUUGAAGGAAUCAACAUGGAUGCUACAGGUUAUAUGAGUGAUGGAGAUGUCCUUGGGAAAAAUAUAAGGACUGAUGAUAUUACAAGCGGGUAUAUGACUGAUGGUGGAUUGGGCCUUUAUACUCGAAGAUUAAACAGACUUCCUGAUGGGAUGGCUGCUGUGAGGGAAACUUUACAACGCAACACCUCACUGGGUCUUGGUGAUGCAGACAGCUGGGAUGACAGCAGUUCUGUCAGCAGUGGGAUCAGCGAUACCAUAGAUAACCUCAGCACUGAUGACAUUAAUACCAGCUCCUCCAUCAGCUCUUAUGCCAAUACUCCUGCAUCCUCACGGAAGAACCUAGAAUCCCAGACUGACACUGAAAAGCAUUUCCAAGUGGAGCGGAAUUCCUUGUGGCCUGGUGAUGAAAUAAAAAAAUCAGAUGGAGGCUCAGACAGUGGUGUAAAAAUGGAGUCUGGAUCUAAAUGGAGAAGGAAUCCCUCUGAUGUGUCUGAUGAAUCCGAUAAAAGCACUUCUGGAAGGAAGAACAUCGUCAUUUCACAGACAGGAUCCUGGAGACGGGGCAUGUCAGCUCAAGUUGGUAUUACCACACCGAGGAUGAAAACGGCAGCCACUUCAGGAACUUUGAAGGCACCUGGAACAGGGAAAACCGAUGAUGCCAAGGUUUCAGAAAAGGGCAGAAUUUCUCCCAAAUCUGGAAACAUUAAACGUUCCCCUUCAGAUGCUGGACGAAGCAGUGGAGAUGAAUCAAAAAAGCCUUCCACAAAUAACUGUAGAACGGCUACGACUAAUACAAACACGUUUGGAUUUAAAAAGCAGAGUGGGUCAACUGUAGGUGUGACCAUGAUUACAGCUAGUGGAGCAACUAUUACUAGUAGAGCUGCUACUCUAGGCAAAAUACCCAAGUCAUCUGGACUCAUGGGUAGAUCCACUGGCCGGAAGACUAGUGUUGAUGGUUCACAACAUCAGGAUGAUGGCUAUUUAGCCAUUUCUACCAGAACCAAUCUUCAGUAUCGGAGUCUACCCCGCCCCAGCAAAUCCAGUAGCAGAAGUGGAGCUGGCAACAGAUCUAGCACAAGCAGCAUAGACUCCAACAUAAGCAGCAAGUCUGCAGGCUUGCCUGUUCCUAAAAUAAGAGAACCAACAAAAGUUGCCCUUGGGAGCUCUCUACCAGGCUUAAUAAACCAGACUGAUAAAGAGAAAGGGAUCUCCUCAGAUAAUGAAAGUGUGGUCUCUUGUAACUCUGUUAAAGCAAACCCAUCACCUCAGACAACGUCCAGUGCUUCCCAGAAUACUCACCAGCAAGGAGUAAAGUACCCAGAUGUGGCCUCUCCUACAUUGCGCAGACUUUUUGGUGGAAAGCCGAAUAAACAAGCUCCCAUAACAACAGCAGAAAGCAUGAAGAAUUCAGUAGUCAUCUCCAACCCACAUGCAACCAUGAACCAACAAGGAAAUCCAGAAUCUCCUUCUGGCAGCGGCAUAUUGAGUAGUGGUGGAAGUAGCCCUCUUUAUUGUAAAAAUGCAGACACAAAUCAGUCUCCAUUAGCAUCUAGUCCCAGUUCAGCUCACUCGGCUCCUUCCAACAGCUUGACCUGGGGUACUAACCCCAGUAGUUCUUCUGCUGUAAGCAAGGAUGGGAUUGGAUACCAGUCUGUCAGCAGCCUGCAUACCAGUUGUGAAUCCAUUGAUAUUUCUCUCAGCAGUGGAAGUGGGCUGAACCACAAUUCUUCCAGUGGCUUGAUUGUGGCUUCUAAGGAUGACUCAGUGCCUCCCUUUGUUAGAACCAACAGCGUAAAGACAAACUUGUCAGAAAGCGACCCACAUCUUGAUAGGAACACUUUGCCUAAGAAAGGAUUCAGGUAUACACCAUCAUCACAACUUCGCAAUCAAGAGGAAGCAAAAGAAUGGCUGCGUUCACAUUCUGCUGGCGGUCUUCAGGACACUGUUGUCAAUUCUCCGUUUUCCUCUGGUUCCAGCAUCACAUCACCAUCUGGCACUAGAUUUAACUUCUCCCAGCUUGCGAGCCCCACCACAGCGGCCCAAAUGAGCUUAUCCAACCCAACCAUGCUCCGGACACACAGUCUUUCUAACGCAGAUGGCCCUUAUGAUCCUUACAAUGACUCCCGGUUCCGGAACAGCUCAAUGUCACUGGAUGAAAAGAGCAGGACAAUGAGCCGUUCUGGGUCAUUCCGGGAUGGAUUUGAAGAGGUGCAUGGUUCAUCUCUAUCUUUGGUGUCAAGCACAUCAUCUAUUUAUUCAACGCCUGAAGAAAAAUGUCAAUCAGAGAUUCGCAAGCUGAGGAGGGAGUUGGAUGCAUCACAGGAAAAAGUUUCAGCUCUGACAACCCAAUUGACUGCCAACGCUCACCUCGUGGCAGCAUUUGAGCAGAGCCUAGGAAACAUGACCAUUAGAUUGCAAAGUCUUACCAUGACUGCAGAACAGAAGGAUUCAGAAUUGAAUGAGUUAAGGAAAACAAUUGAAUUACUGAAAAAACAAAAUGCUGCUGCCCAGGCUGCCAUUAAUGGAGUAAUUAACACACCUGAGCUCACCUGCAAAGGAAGUGGUGGAAGUGCCCAGACUACUGACUUGCGGAUCAGAAGACAACACUCUUCAGACAGUGUCUCUAGCAUUAAUAGUGCUACUAGUCAUUCCAGUGUGGGAAGCAAUAUAGAGUGUGACUCGAAGAAAAAGAAGAGAAAAAACUGGUUACGCAGUUCUUUCAAGCAAGCUUUUGGAAAAAAGAAGUCCCCCAAAUCGGCAUCUUCUCACUCCGACAUUGAGGAGAUGACAGAUUUCUCAUUGCCUUCUUCACCAAAAUUGCCACACAAUGGUACAGUGGUAUCUACACCAUUACUCAGAACUUCACAUUCCAAUUCCCUAAUUUCAGAAUGCAUUGACAGUGAAGCUGAAACAGUUAUGCAACUGCGAAAUGAGCUGAGAGACAAAGAGAUGAAGUUGACCGAUAUCCGUUUAGAGGCUCUCAGCUCUGCUCAUCAACUGGAUCAGCUCCGGGAAGCUAUGAACAGGAUGCAGAGUGAGAUUGAGAAAUUGAAAGCUGAAAAUGACCGAUUGAAAUCUGAAAAUCAAGGCACCUGUAGCCGGGCCCAAUCUCAAGUUUUCAUUUCAUCAUCUCCAAGGCAAUCCAUUGGUCUGUCACAGCACAGUCUGAACCUCACAGAGUCAGCUAGUCUUGAUAUGCUGCUGGAUGACCCCAGCGAUGGUUCUUCUCGGAAAGAAGGUGGCAGGCAUGUUAAAAUAGUUGUCAGCUUUCAGGAGGAAGAGAAAUGGAAAGAAGAUUCUAGGCCUCGCUUAUUCCUAAUUGGCUGCAUAGGAGUCAGUGGAAAAACCAAAUGGGAUGUUCUUGAUGGUGUUGUUAGAAGACUAUUUAAGGAAUACAUCAUUCAUGUUGAUCCUAUGAGUCAACUUGGGUUGAAUUCAGACAGUGUCCUGGGGUACAGCAUUGGAGAAAUUGUUCGCACAAAUAGCACAGAAACACCUGAGCUGCUACCCUGUGGCUAUCUGGUUGGUGAAAACAAUACCAUCUCUGUGAAAAUCAAAGGUAUUGUAGAGAAUAGUUUGGAUGGUCUGGUGUUUGAGUCUCUAAUCCCAAAGCCAAUUCUACAACGUUACGUGUCACUCUUGAUAGAACAUCGGAGAAUCAUUUUAUCUGGUCCAAGCGGCACUGGAAAGACAUACUUAGCCAAUCGCCUGUCUGAAUAUAUGGUGCUUAGAGAGGGCAGGGAGCUGGCUGAUGGUGCUAUUGCAACCUUUAAUGUGGAUCACAAAUCCAGUAAGGAACUCCGGCAAUACCUCUCCAACCUUGCAGACCAAUGCAGCAGUGAAAAUAAUGCCGUGGAGAUGCCUCUUGUAAUCAUCUUGGACAAUUUACAUCAUGUCAGCUCUCUAGGAGAAAUCUUUAAUGGGCUUUUGAACUGCAAGUACCACAAAUGCCCUUACAUCAUUGGAACAAUGAACCAAGCAACUUCCUCAACACCUAACCUUCAGCUGCACCACAACUUUAGAUGGGUACUAUGUGCCAAUCACACUGAGCCAGUCAAGGGCUUUCUUGCCCGAUUCUUGAGAAGAAAACUCAUUGAAACAGAAAUUGGAGGUCGGAUGAGAAAUGGAGAAUUAAUUAAGAUUGUAGACUGGAUUCCCAAGGUUUGGCAACAUCUCAACAAGUUCUUGGAAGCUCACAGUUCUUCAGAUGUUACUAUCGGUCCACGCCUGUUUCUCUCUUGCCCCCUAGAUGUGGAUGGGUCAAGGGUUUGGUUUACUGACCUAUGGAACUACUCCAUUGUUCCCUAUCUUCUUGAAGCUGUCAGAGAAGGGCUACAGUUGUACGGUAGAAGAGCACCGUGGGAGGACCCUGCCAAGUGGGUGAUGGACACUUAUCCAUGGGCAGCUACCCCGCAACAUCACGAGUGGCCUCCUUUGCUGCAACUGCGUCCAGAAGAUGUUGGGUUUGAUGGUUAUUCUAUGCCACGGGAAGGUUCAACCAGCAAACAGCUUCCACCAAGUGAUGCUGAAGGAGACCCUCUGAUGAACAUGCUGAUGAGGUUGCAGGAGGCAGCUAAUUAUUCAAGUCCGCAGAGUUAUGACAGUGACUCCAACAGCAAUAGCCAUCACGAUGAUAUCCUUGACUCAUCCCUGGAGUCAACAUUAUGAAUAGAACUAGACAUGAUUGCUUCCAGUGGUCCAUCCUUUGCCUCCCUUAGAAAAAUGAAUCAUCAAGCCAUGAAGAGAAUUGACCUUGGUUCAGAAGGACAUCUCAGUAUUAGAGCUGCAAGAACAAUACAAUCUCUUCCACCCUCUCUCUGCCUCCCCAUUCAGUGUCAAAGAUGGGUGCAGGCAACCCAGCUGAUAUUUUAUAUCUCGUGUUUCAUUUUCCUUAAUAAGAACUGCACUAUUUUGGUUUUGUUUUGUUUUGUAGUUUACAUUGCUGUGAGUUCACAUGCCUACGACACUGAACACGUUAUUUUCAUAAAAACAAUGGUGCUUAUCUAGUUGUGUCUGUCCAUUGACCAAACAACAUCUGCUUGUGAAGUGGAUUACCAUUAUCUGUGCUCCUAUAUUUAAAGGGACAUCUGGAGUAAAUUUUGUUACAAAGGUGCAGGGGAGAUGAGCAGAGGAAAAUCUGAAGUGCAAGAGAAUUGGGUUUAAUUCACAUAAGAUGUACUCCAUUCAUCAUAACAAUCUCUGGGGAGAGUGAGUUGGAGGCAAUAUAUGAAAAAACAUUUGCCAUCAAAGUUAUGAACCUAAGAAGCAUUGUGCCACAUUAGGUCCAAAAAGGGAAUGGAUCUCAGCUAUGCUGCUUCUGUACAAACUCAUUAAUGGCUGGUUUUUCCAAGUCAUUUUUUUUUCAGCCUAAUCUCAAUAAUUCUGGUGCUGUAAUAAUUGCUCGCCUUGGUAAUAACAUUCCAUAAAAGGCAAAGAGAUAACAAAUAGGGAAGUUUAAAAUAUUCACAUAUAUAAUGCAAAACAGAGUUCUUCUCCAAGUUGAGACCACGGUUCCUUGUUUUGGUUAUUUCAUUUGUUUAUAUCGUUCCAAGCAUUGGGCUGGAUCCCUUGAGCACAGUAGCAGUACAUCUUUAUAUAACCACCUCUGAAGUUGCCAGUGUUAAGUAAAGCAACAAUCAUGGAGUGUUUUAUUUAUGAUCCAAAGUAUGGGAACAACACAUUUAAGAAAAAACCAAAACAAGCUGCUAAAAUUUAUUUUCAUAUUUGCUUCAGAAUUCUGACUGUUGAAGUUUCUUCUUAAAUCUGGAUAUCAAUGUUUCUCUGCAACUAGAGAAAGUAAUGCUUUGUAAAAAGUAAAAAAAACAACAACCAAGGCUCCAGACUGUUGGUCUUGGAUUCACAACAGUUCAGUGGGUACCAGCCUCAAAUACAUAACAUAGGGGUGUCAUUUCCUCAAAUCACUCAUUUGGGUUUUGGGAUCAUUUCAUAACUAUACCAAAUGUUCAACAAAGCUCGGAAAAGACAGUUGUCUGGAUUGAAAAGUUAAUUCCGUUCUUCCACUGUACUGUACAGUUUCUUUUUUCUUUUUGUUCCAAUAACAUCAUGUCCCAUAGCAAUCGGUUCCUGAAGUUCCACUCCUCUAAAUCGGAGAUUCUCCCCAACCUUUUGGGCACCAGGGACCGAUAUUGUAGAGAGAGAUUUUUCUGCAGACUGGAGAGGGUGUGGUUUCACGUGCUGCCUGCAUCCCACGGAUAG